GUGGGAAGCUAUAAUGCCGUGGCGAAUGCGAACAUUCGGCUGGAUCACGAUGACAAUGCGAUGGCUGUGUUGGUGCUCAACAAUCCCUUCUUCUUCGAAAAUGCCUUCAAAAAAUGGCUGUUGAAGCAGCGACGGCCACGGGAAAGUGCCAUUGAAUUCGGGAAAAGAUUUGGGCCACAUCCCAUUCGAGAUUUCUUCCUCAGCAAAUUUGCCGACAUUGAAAAGGUUCUGGCACCGAUCAGUGUCCGAUCGAUCUGUGAUUUUGAGCCCGUGAUUCACCGGCCGCCGGUUGUUUCGCUGCCUCUUUGUGGUGAAGUUUCCGGUGCAGCAUAUUUUUACCAGCCAAAUUCAGUUAUCGAUCCAAAAACAAAUGAGCUGGUUAGUAAUUGCUCUCUGUGA